AUGAGUAGCCGAAAAUCGAGAUCGAGUGGAGACUCACUAGGAUUGCAGUCAUCUGGAGAGAGCUCUGUAGAAGAAAAUCAACGCAAACCACUGGAAGGAAGAGGAUGGAGAAAGUGGCACCGCAAAUGCACUCCGUGCCCCGAAGACAUGACCAAGAAGUGGCGUGAUCCAACCAUCAAGUGGAUCUGCGGCGGGUACCAGCGCGCGCGCCGCUCCUUCAAGAGCGAGUGCAUGAUGUAUUAUAGGAACUGCCAGGAUGGCACUAUGUUCGUUAAAAUCCACGACCACCGUUGCGACGAAACUGCGGCCGGCUACGCAGGCGGACGCCACUUCUUCUACGACUACCAGGUGAAGCUUCCAGACGACAGCAGUGGAAAGAGCUCCCAGACCGAAAGUUCGAGCGACGACUCGUCCGACACCGACAAUAAAUCCGACAGCGGGGACGGUUGAUUAUAUAUUCUAAU